GUUUCGGUGAUCCGAGCGGAAAAAUUUUCUCGUUCGUUAUCGCGAUGCUUUCUACCGAGGAAAAAUUCGUUUCUUUCGUCGAUCUCAUCUUCGACUGGGACAUAUUUAUUGGGAAACAAUGUUUCGUUUCGAUCGACUCGUGCACGAUAAUCGUAACGAGAAACGAUCAUCGCGCGAUAAACUGUCUAUCGUCGUGACACUUGCGACCACUGUGCUUAUCACAUGUCCAAUUCGAAGGGAAAAAGAAGGGUCAGACCUUUCGACAGUCGUCGAAAAAAAAUCACGUAAACCUAAAUCGAAAGACUCGUGUGUUAUAUGUAGGUUGGAUCUUCGCGAAAUAACGAGAGUAUAUAUUUAGUAUAAUCGCAAUCGCUUCGAACGACACGAGUUGUACAAAGGAAGGAGAAUGUGUGUACUAGGGAUGCAUCUCAGCAAUCUGGAAACCUUCUCCAAGAUGUUGACGGUUACCGGUCGUCGCGUAGAUUUAUUAGAGUGUUUCCAGGGUCUUAUGGAUCAUAGAAUACGAAUCGGAGAAGAAUUAGUGAUCAAGUAUUGUUUGUGCUGUGCACGCCUUAGCGAAAAUCCAGCUGCUCGAAAGAAAAUGAUAAAUCUUGGUUUAAGACUCGGUGGAUUUUUGAGCGAUUGCGGUUGGUAUGUAGAAAGCAAACGGGUGUUGCUGGAAUGUCGACAAUUAUGUCUCGAAAAUAAUACCACACCUGAAAAUUGGUGUCAAACGUUAGAGUGUUGUCGUAGAUUGUUACACGCGGAAGCGGAAUACUGUGCGUUCGAAUAUGCAACGGAAACGCAACUGCUCGCUUUAGAAAUGGUAAAACGACUGAAAGAAGCAGAAUUGGACGAAUGCAACUAUGCCGCUUUAUACGUUGAAUUCAGCAUGGUUCACAGUAAGAAAAAUGAAUACGAUCAGGCUUACAGGUGGAGUAUAGAAGCAUUAAAACAGUUAAAACCCACGCUGCCUGCGCGUGUUAUUAUCGACGUUUUAAGACAAGCGGCAAAAUCGUGUGUAUUGAAACGUGAAUUCCAGAAAGCUGGUCUGUUGAUCAGGCAAGCUUUGUAUCUUGCUAGACAAGUAUUCGAUAGGGGUCAUCCAGUGUACAGCAACGUUCUUAUAGAUUAUGGAUAUUAUUUGUUAAAUUUUGAUCGCACCGGCGAUAGUAUAACCGUUUACGAGAAAGCACUACAUAUUAGGGAAACGAUAUUCGGUAGAACGAAUUUACAUAUUGCAUUGGCUCACGAAGAUUUAGGUUAUGCUCUCUACGUGCACGAAUAUAGCUCUGGUAAAUUUGACCUAGCAAGUUACCAUGCUGGGAAAGCAAUAGACAUAAUGGAAAAGCUUUUACAUGGAGAUCAUUUGUUGUUAGCAAGCGCAAGAAGAGUGCAAGCAUUAAUUUUUGAAGAAGUAGCAUUAGACAGCGAGACGGCACCAUUAGUAGAACAACAUCUAUUAUUCAAGGCUGAAUGCCUUCACAUGUCUGCUUUGGAGUUGGCGAGAAAAGCAUUUGGCGAAAAAAAUGUGCAAACCGCAAAACACUACGGAAAUUUGGGACGUCUGUAUCAAAGUAUGAAGAAAUUUGAGGCGGCCGAAGAAAUGCACGUUAGAGCUAUACAAAUUAAAGAAGAAAUUUUAGGACCCGAUGACCACGAAGUGGGCUUAAGCGUAGGUCAUUUAGCUUCGUUAUAUAAUUAUCAUAUGAAUCGAUAUAGAGAUGCCGAGAAGCUCUAUUAUCGUAGCAUCGCGAUUGGUCUAAAAUUAUUCGGUCGAAGCUACACUAGUUUGGAGUACGAUUAUCGAGGGCUUUUACACGUUUACACAAAACUGGAUGAACAUGGCAAAGUAGCGGAAUACGAAUAUGCUUUGAACAAUUGGAAAGUACUAAGACUCAACAUUCAAUCCGAAGACCCGCCGAUCGAUCUUGAGAAACGACCACAGCCAAUCGGAGAUGUAAUCGAUACUUUCUUUUCUAUGUAAUGUAUAUUUGUAAAAACUUACCGUCGAAUGUUGAUAUUCAUUGAUUCUUGUCGCUCGAUUCAUACCGAUUCUGAUUUUGUUGGUGUAACUCCAGCCAAAGUAUAAACGAAAUCACGAAUUACUUUAUACGACUAGGCAUUUCGUAAAUCAUAUAUUUUUUCGACUGUACUAUUACUACGAUUACAAAUAUUGCCAAUACGUCACAAAUGAAUUUCAGACUUAUAUCCUUAAUCGCAUGAAAUUCUUCAUGUUUGUACUUUCUAUUUCACUGUUUUUGUACAUGUUAAUUAUUUUUACAAUUAGUUUUAGAUGCGAAUCAACUAAAUUUAGACCCGAAUGUUUUUCUGUUGCAAUCGAUUAUCAACAGCAUUUACAACACGUACAUGAAACGGACACGUUUGUAAUUAAUGUAUGAUAUAAGAUUUAUUGAUGUACGAUGUAAGAUUUCUAACUUACGGUAAUUUAGAAACCCCGAAGGAACGAUUUUUUUAAUUGUAAUAUAUUCACGUAUGUGUAAUUUUACAUACGGCGCAUGUACACAUCGUUUUUAUGUAUUAUUUCCCAAUUGAUCGAAGAUAUCAAAAGACAAAAAAUUAUUCGCGUUCGUAAUCCGGAGCUUCGAAAAAUUGUCUAAACAUAUCGUUUUGUUAGAUAGCUGUGCUAAAUCAAUUACAUUUAUUAUACUUCAUUCGCAAACCUUGUGAAAUCAAGAAUGUGAUAUGUAAUAUUAUUUUUUGUUGAACUUUUUGUUCCUAUAUAAACAUUGUAAUAAACACCGAGUCUAGAACAAUUUAUUGUCUUUGAGAAUAUUAAAUUAGAAGAGUUAUACGAUGCGAUAGGAGUAUGUAAAGAUUUCUGCUGCUUUGAAAAUAAAUAAAGAAACAGGA